UCCAGGGUGACAUUUGGAACAGGACGAAACAGAAGGCAUGGCUGUGCUGGAGUUGUGAGAGCCGGUGUCCUCUCGCUUAUUGCUCCUCUGUGAUUCUGGUGUCAACGUGUGAGGACGACGGAGCGUGAUGGCGGCGUGGAGCUGCCGGUUUCUUCUCCAGCGAGGAACUCGUCUCGUCUCUCUCCGAACGGCGGCUGAAAGUCCUGUCCACACUGUGUCUUGCAUCAGGACAGUGAAGACCACAACAUGGUUUGAGGAAAACCUCACAGAGGACAACCAGGAGUACAUGAGGAAGAGUGUUGCGGAGGAAUACAAAAGACAGACGGCAGAAAAGCUGAACCCACUCAAAGAUGAGCCCUGGCAGCAGCACCAAUGGACAGAGGGGAGUCGACGAGUUGGGCUAGUGGCCUCGAAGUUGGGGAUGGCUCCUAUCUGGACCAAAACAGGAGAAAGACAUGUCGUCACGAUGCUACAGGUGAUGGACUGUCAUGUUUUGAAUUUUUUGUCCAAAGAAGAAUAUGACGGAAACACGGCCGCUCUCAUUGUAGGAGGGAAAAACGUAUCACCGUUCCACAGAUCCGAAGCAGAAAUGGAGAUGUGUAGGAAUGCAGGAGUGCCACCCAAACAGAAAGUGGUCACCUUUAAAGUCACAGACAACGCCCUCAUCAAGCCAGGCACUCCUCUGUAUGCAGCACAUUUCCGUCCAGGCCAGUACGUGGACGUCACGGCCAAAUCCAUUGGUAAAGGUUUUCAAGGUGUAAUGAAGCGAUAUGGCUUCAAGGGUCAGCCAGCAACCCACGGCCAAACCAAAACUCACCGUAGACCUGGAGCUUCUGGGCCUGGAGGGGAUCCAGCCAAGGUUUUCAAAGGGAAGAAGAUGCCCGGCCGAAUGGGGAACAUCUUCGUCACAGCUUUCGGACUGAAGAUAUGGAGGGUCAAUACCAAGUUCAAUGUGCUGUACGUUAACGGCUCCGUCCCCGGCCACAGAAACUGCUUACUGAAGAUCAGAGACACAAUACUGCCCAACAGGAGCUCCACUCUGCUCGACCCUCCUUUCCCCACCUACUUCACCGAAGAGGCCGAACUUGAAGAAGACCUGUACGACGAGAACUUGUUCAUUCACACAGACCCGUCGUUAGCACUGACCUGACCGACACAACACGCACACAUUUCACAUCCACACCUACACUUGUAAACUGUAUCUGAAUCCUGUAAUAAAAAGCAAUUCCUUUGGAA